UAAAAAAAUAAUAGGUCAUUUGGGAUUUUUUCGAAUUGACGUGUCCGUGUGCACAAGCGCAUACCUGGCAAAUCCCUAACCUCAAUCCUACCCAAAUUUCCAAUUUUCAAAAUUCUCCAGUAUGGCUUUAGAAAAUAACGAAAAAUUCGACUUGAAAGUGGUCCAAGACAACUUUUCGACCGCUCUGUGUGAAGAAGACGACGUGCAGCUCCAGUCGUACCUCAACAGUUAUGAAGAAUUAAAUAAGUUUUUUACACUAAUGGGCACAGUUUUCGGUUUCGUGAGCAAAGACCUCAAAUCUAAAAUGGAGAUUUUAGCCGAAUUCCUCGCAAACGAGAAAACAUCGGAUAAUUUCACAACCGUGAAAAAAAUGAUUGAGUACGAACGCGACAAUCAAUUAUUACACAAAAAGGGGUACACGUCCGGUAGUCGCACUUUGCUGCGCUUGCACCGCGGAUUGGAUUUCAUUCGCGAGUUUUUGAAAAAUGUGGGCGAGCUGAAAGACGAGGAAAACACUGGGGCUGUGUGCCGGGACGCCUACGACCGCACCUUAGCCAAGCACCACCCGUUCAUGAUACGCAAGGGGGCCCAAAUCGCCAUGUACACCCUGCCUACGCGGGAGCAACUCUUGAAGAGGGUCUGCGGUGAUGAAGCCAGUGUUCGGGAGGCCCUCGAAACGCUACCAAAGACUCUAGAUGCCACAGAUGCCGUGUAUAUGCGAAUUGAAGCCUUGUACACGCAGUAUGAUCUCCACGCCUUGCCUUAACCCCCAGGUACCCCUUUCCUUACAUUCCGUAAAAUUGUGCAAUUCCAUUUUAUAGCUUGCUUAUUUAUUUAUUUAAAAAAAUAAUAUGUACACGAA